UAGGAGUCGAGGAUAGGAGUCGAGGAGGGGAAUCUCAGAAAUGAGAUACGGCCAAUAUAUUAUAAAGAGCUACUGAUGUAAUCAGAGUGAGUUUCUGGAAGCUUCCUCACCCUGUCACCUGAUCUGAUGACAUCACAGAGGAUCCUCCCCCCCACCUGAACAACAGGUUCACAGCAGCCUGGGGCGCUCAGGUUUACAGGAGCACCUGAAGGCAGCACGCAGACAGACAGAGAUGCUGUAAUAAGAGGAGACUCACUCUGCUAGCUGAGUGCUAGCUGGCAGCAGCGUGGACUUUACGACUCUUCAGCUCCUUUUUAAACAUCUGAAACAAACUCACUCAAGUUUCCCACUUCCUGUCCAGCUGUGCAUCCUCCGGUCCUCAGAGAAUGAGGAUCGUGUGUAAGGACGUGUCCGCGGAGACGCUGUACGACGUCCUCCACGACACCAGCUACCGCAGGAAGUGGGACAGCAACAUGAUCGAGACGUACGACAUCGGGAGGCUGACCGCCAACACCGACGUGGGAUACUACUCCUGGAGGUGUCCCAGUCCUCUGAAGAACAGGGACUUUGUGACGAUGAGGUCUUGGCUUCCUCUGGGGAACGACUUCCUGAUCAUCAACUACUCAGUCAAACACCCGGACCACCCCCCUAAGAAGGACUUUGUGCGGGCGGUGUCCCUGCUGACGGGGUAUCUGAUCCAGUCUAACGGACCCAGCAGCUCCACCCUCUACUACCUGACCCAGAUGGACCCCAAAGGUUCGUUACCUAAGUGGGUCGUGAACAGAGCGUCUCAGUUGGUGGCCCCGAAGGCCAUGCGCAGGAUCUACAAGGCGUCCCUGAAGUACCCGGACUGGAAGAGGAGACAUGGUCCUGGUCUUCGGCCCUGGCUGUUCCCGGAUCAGAGCGUCCUCCCCGGCGUCUCCUCGGAGCGUCUGUCCCUGCAGCGAUGCGACUCUCUGCAGAACAUCGACGAGAGCUCCGCCAGCGAGGAGAGGACGGAGAGGACGGGGGACGAGAGGACCAACCACAGCGACGAGGACGACUGAGACCCCGUCUGUCCCCCGAGAGGAGAGGAGAGGACGGACGGAGAGGACGGAGAGGACGGAGAGGACGGAGAGGACGGAGAGGACGGAGAGGACGGAGAGGACGGAGAGGACGGAGAGGACGGAGAGGACGGGGGACCAGAGGACCAACCACAGCAACGAGAACGACUGAGACCCCCAUCUGUCCCCCGUCUGUCCCCCGGAUCAGGACUGUCUCUGCAGCGAGGGCCCUCUUAUUCUUCUCCAUCACCUGCGACAGAAGUAAAGAAAGCAAACAGGAAAUCUGAAUCUUGCGCUGAGCACCAGAGAGGAGGACAAAUCCUCCUGUCCUCUCCUGUCCUCUCCUGUCCCCUCCUGUCCUCUCCUGUCCUCUCCUGUCCUCUCCUGUCCUAAAUAUCUGUAAAUAAAGACGGCACAGAUUGAAUGUUUAACUUCUAAAUAAUAAUAUAAUGCCUGUGCAGUUUCUAUUAGAUAAUAAUCUGAUCGUCAGAUAUAAAGUUAUCAAAUACUCAGGUAGAGUACAAGUACCUCAAAGAGUAGAGUACAAGUAGAGUAGAGUACAAGUACCUCAAAGAGGAGAGUACAAGUACCUCAAAGAGUAGAGUACUUGAGUAAAUGUACUUCAUUAUAUUCCUCAUGAAUGUACUAAUACUGUGAUGAACGGCAUGUUAUUGAUCAGAACAAACAGAUCUCUGACCAGCCUGAAGAGACACAUCGUCCUGAAGAGUCACAGAACGUCCUGCAGGAUAACAGAUAUACAUAUAUAUAUAUAUAUAUAUAUAUACAUACAUAGUGCUUCUCCAGGAGGCUUGUGCCCUGCAGCGCC